CAAACGCCCUGUGAGAGAAAAACAGACCCACAGAGAAGACAGAUAGCACUUUCAACUCCUGAUUGUUGUCAUUUCUUCCUUUCUUUUUCUCGGCUAGCUGUCAACAAAAGAUCGGUCCCAGCAUGUCGACUUCUUUCGUCCAAGUCGAGAAGCUACACCCAACGCCUUUCGAGGUGGAAUACUUUGACCAGUAUGAUUUCUACAGCCUGACGGACAGAUACAGCAGUGGCUCCUCCCGCAAAGGUCGUUCCAAGAAAGAGGCGGAGGAUCACACAAACCGCCCGAGUCCUGGGGGCCAUGAACGUAAGAUAGUAGUGAAGCUGCAACGCACGGAGCAGAAACGGAAAGGGACAGCAUCCAAGAAAUGAAAAACGCAGCUCUGAGUCUGGUCACAACACUCAGGUUCUGGACACAACGGCAACGGAGAUAGAUGAACGCCACAGAAUGGUGUUUUCUUUUUGAGGAGGAACAAGGUCUACCGCUCGCAGCCAAAUGAGUGACGCUGAAGACUGUCAAGAUGACCGCAGCCCAGCCCCAAAACCAACGAGGAUGAGACUGAGGAAGAGACUGCCGCAGCAGCCACCCCUCACACCUCAUAAAGGCCAAUGGAAGGAUGCAUAUUUAAGCUCGGAAUAGAAAAUACAACCUUCCAAGCCUUUCCAUUUGGGUUUGGGGUUUUAAAAUUGUAUUGCAAACUGCCCUGAGGUAAAUUCACAAAAGGGUUAUAUGCAGUUGAUAUACAAAUGUAUCAAAUAAACAAUAUACAGAUUUUAGUAUAUUGCCUGGGGGUGGAAACUCUUCACCUGUUUACUUGCUGAUAUUUAAUUGCCUAUGUAAAAGUCUUUGCCCUUUUCCCAAUUUUGGGGUGGUGGCGGUAGCUGGUGAUCUAUGAGUAGUACAACUGGAAGAAUCAUCGUGGGUGGCAUGAAUUCAUAGAAAGGCUGCAUCCACAGAGCAUCAGAAAGGGCAGAAGGGAAGGCAAUAUAUUCAAAUUGCACACAUCAAACCAAUGUACUUUCUAGAUUAAAUAAAGAUGUGUAACUGUU